CCGACACUUCCGGAAUCUGCGGAAACGGUCCGUUGCCAUGGCGGCUAUGUACACAGUUCUGCAGCCGCGAAUGCAGGGCCGCGGUCGCUGCUCCUGCAGCGGUCGCGCGGCGGGAGGGCCUCUGCCUCGGGAGCGUGACCGAAGAUGGACCCACAUGUGGAGAUUCAGCCAGCCACCCUCUGACUUCCAGCCAUGACCAUCACUACCAACCACCAUUUCUUGAGUACCUGUUCUGUGCUGGGCACUGUUCUGGACAUUGAAGGGGGAUUCAAAAGAGAGAAAGCACAGUUCUGUCCCACAAGCAACUUGUAAUUUACUUUGGGAGCGGAAACCCACUCAAAUGAUGUGGCGUAAGAAUGGUAACAAGCGUUAUUUCACUAGAAUGGGUACUAGGAAAAAAGUUCAUACCUUUGUCCGUGUCAAACCCACCGAUGACUUUGCUCACGAAAUGAUCAAAUACGGAGACGACAACAAAAGCAUUGAUAUUCACUUAAAAAAAGAUACUCGGAGAGGGGUUGUCAAUAACCAGCAGACAGACUGGUCGUUCAAGCUGGAUGGAGUUCUCCACAAUGCCUCCCAGGACUUGGUUUAUGAGACGGUCGCAAAGGACGUGGUUGCUCAGGCUCUCGACGGAUACAAUGGUACCAUCAUGUGUUACGGGCAGACGGGAGCCGGCAAGACAUAUACCAUGACAGGGACAACUGAGAAUUACAAGCACCGGGGGAUCCUUCCUCGUGCCCUACAGCAGGUUUUUAGGAUGAUUGAAGAACGCCCCACACAUGCCAUCACUGUGCGUGUUUCCUACCUGGAAAUUUACAAUGAGAGUCUGUUUGAUCUCCUGUCCACUCUGCCCUAUGUCGGACCAUCAGUCACACCAAUGACCAUCGUGGAAAACCCUCAAGGGGUCUUCAUUAAGGGCUUGUCAGUCCAUCUUACAAGUCAGGAGGAGGAUGCAUUCAGCCUCCUUUUUGAGGGAGAGACCAACAGGAUUAUAGCCUCCCACACAAUGAAUAAAAACUCAUCCAGGUCGCACUGCAUUUUCACCAUCUAUGUGGAGGCUCAUUCGAGGACCUUAUCAGACGAAAAGUACAUCACUUCCAAAAUUAACUUGGUGGAUCUAGCGGGCUCAGAAAGGCUGGGAAAGUCUGGGUCUGAGGGCCGAGUCCUGAAGGAAGCCACCUACAUCAACAAGUCGCUGUCAUUCCUGGAGCAGGCCAUCAUUGCCCUCGGGGACCAGAAGCGGGAGCACGUCCCCUUCCGGCAGUGCAAGCUUACCCACGCCCUCAAGGACUCAUUAGGGGGAAAUUGCAAUAUGGUUCUCUUGACAAACAUCUACGGAGAAGCCGCCCAGUUAGAAGAGACGCUGUCUUCACUGCGGUUUGCCAGCAGGAUGAAACUGGUCACCACUGAGCCUGCCAUCAACGAAAAGUAUGAUGCUGAGCGAAUGGUCAAGAACCUGGAGAAGGAGCUGGCACUGCUCAAGCAGGAGCUGGCCAUCCACGACAGCCUGGCCAACCGCACCCUUGUGAACUACGAUCCCAUGGAUGAAAUCCAGAUUGCUGAGAUCAACUCCCAGGUGCGGAGGUACCUGGAGGGGACACUGGACGAGAUUGAUAUAAUCAACCUCAGACAGAUCCAGGAGGUGUUCAACCAGUUCCGGGUGGUUCUGAGCCAACAGGAACAGGAAGUGGAAUCUGCUUUGCGCAGGAAGUAUACCCUCAUAGAUAAGAAUGACUUUGCAGCCAUUUCUGCGGUCCAGAAGGCAGGGCUUGUGGACGUUGAUGGCCACCUAGUAGGUGAGCCUGAUGGACAAGGCUUUGGACUCGGGGUCACCCCUUUCUCUGCCAAACCUGGGAAGAAAUCCAAGUCCAAGAAGACCUUCAAAGAGCAGCUCAGCUCCUCAGCAAGAAAGGAAGGUGCCAGCAGCCCUGUGAGUGGCAAGGAGUUGGAUGUCUCUACGUCCAAGACCCAGCUGACCCCAUCCUCCAAGGAGGGGGAUGUCAAAGACAUGACUAUACGGGAACGGGAGACCUCCAGCCUUGAGCCCCUUCCUUCGGACUCCCCAAAGGAGGAAUUACGCCCACCCAGGCCCAGUACCCCACCCCCCAAACCUGUGGCCUUCGAGGACUUUAAGAACGAGCGAGGCAGUGAGAUCAACCGCAUCUUCAAAGAGAACAAAUCCAUUUUGAACGAGCGGAGGAAAAGGGCCAGCGAGACCACACAGCGCAUCAAUGCCAUCAAACGGGAGAUGGACGUGACCAAGGAGGCACUAAAUUUCCAGAAGUCACUCCGGGAGAAACAAGGUGAGUAUGAGAACAAGGGGCUGAUGAUCAUCGAUGAGGAGGAAUUCCUGCUGAUCCUGAAGCUCAAAGACCUCAAGAAGCAGUACCGUACUGAGUAUCAGGACUUGCGAGACCUCAGGGCAGAAAUCCAGUACUGCCAGCACUUGGUGGAUCAGUGUCGUCACCGCCUGCUCACAGAAUUUGAUAUCUGGUACAACGAGUCCUUCUUCAUCCCCGAGGACCUACAAGUGGCACUGAAGCCAGGCGGCAGCAUCCGGCCAGGCAUGGUGCCUGUCAGCAGGAUCAUGUCCCUGGGAGAAGAUGCCCAGGACAAGUUCAGCCAGCUGCAGCAGGUGGUGCUGCCCGAGGGCCCUGACUCUAUCGCCUUCUACAAUGCCAAAGUCAAGACAGAACAGAAGCACAAUUACUUGAAAACCAUGAUGGGCCUCCAGCAGGCACACAGAAAAUAGGGAUUCAUCGCCAGUGCCUUCAAGGACAAGACCCCCAGUAACUCCUGCUGCUCUGGAGUGGGGCUGCCAAACCCCUUGCCCAGAGUUCCAGACAGCCUGCUCCAAUGCUGGAGCCCAGCCCAGAGGACUCACAAUGGCCUGCCUCCCAACAGGAACAUCCUUCACAGGACACUCAUCUUCACAGACCACUUUUGGUUUCAAUUCACUGUUUUAUAUGCAGGGACAGGAUAAAAUAAUUUUCUAGCUUGGA